AUGGACAAUUUUUAUUUGCAAAUGUAUAAAAAACCAAUAAAAUGGAACAGUUAAUCAAAAAGCACUUGUUCAUCAAAAGAAUAAAAUAGUAAAGAAUUCGAUUGGAAUGAUAUUGAAGGUCUAUAUUAAGAAUGCUAAUAAUAGGAUCAAGCUUCAAACGUUACCAACAUGAUCAAAAGUAGUUAGGAUUCAGAGUUAAAUAUCAAAUUAGAUCGCCUCAUAAGAACAAAUAAUUAAAGUAGUCUAAGUGAAGUUAAUGAAAAUGAAGCAACUCUAGAAAUAAAUGAUGAUCAAAAAGAAGCAGGUAUUGAAUUACCAUAAAAACCUAUAUUAAAGCGUAGUAAUACAUCUUAUAGAGGACAUACUAAAUCACUUUCAUAAAUAAUUUAUGAAUAAGAAAAGUUUAAGAGAUAUAGAAAUAAUAAAAGAAGUGCUAGAACGCUUUCAUUAGUUUAUCUAAAGAAGUCAUUAAUGACGCCUCUACUUAAAUCGAGUUUACAAGAAAACCUCAAACCAAUAACUAUUAACUACUUAAAUUCAUCAUACUCUUAGACUAUUUAUGUUGAUAAGAAUACAUUAGCGUGUGAAUUAAUUGUUAGAGCUAUUUAAGAAUAUAAAAAAAACUUAAAUUUUGAUUAGAGCUUGUUAAAAUAUUCAAAUUUUACACUAGCUUAUAAAUUAACUAGUAUUGAUGACUUUUGUGAUUUUUCUGCCUAUCCCUCUUUCAAAGAUAGUAUUAUUGAUAAAAAAUCUGUUUAAGAGGAUGAACAUUAAUAAUUUUAAUACAUAUUUGAUAAUUUGGAUAGAAAUUUUAAUAGAAAGUUCUUUUAUUUGGAAUUGAACUCACAUGUGGAUUUCAAAAAUCUUACUUUAGAAAUUGCAGAUACAUCAAGCUUUGGCAUAGAUUUACUCACUAUUGAAAUAACUCAUAAAACUUAUCCUACUUAAAUAAUUUUAUUGUUAGAAGACAUAAAAAAUAAAAUAUUUUAUAAUUUAAAAUUUGAAGAAAACGCAACCAUUCAAGAUAUUUAUAAUUAACUAUAAAAAAAAGGUAAUUUUAAAUGUAAUCAAAAUGAAUGUUUUUUUUUAUUAAAAUAUCCUUGUGUAAAUGUUAAUAAUUUAGAACCUUUAGAUAUUAAGUUUCCAAUCUCUUUAUUACCGAUUCAUUGGUUAAUAAUAUAAUAUAAAUACGAUUAAAAAAAUACAAUCAGUUCUUCUUCAAACAAUCUUAAUGAUUGUUUUAUGAAUUCUGAAUUAAGAUUGUCCUCAAUUUAAAUCAUAUCACCAUCAAUUAUUUAGAAAGAUGAUUAUAUUGAUAGAAAAAAUGUUUAGAUGUUUAACUAUGAAGAAUAUAAAUUAUUAAAAUUAGAAAGUAAUGGAUCUUUGAAUGAAGUAGUAGUUGGAAUAGAUUAUUUUGAUUUGUAUUACUACUACACUAGUAAAAAACAAUAAAAAUAUACUUUUUAUAAGAUUACUAAAUGGAUGGUUUAAUUUUUAUUAGAAAGUAAUUAAUCAGGAUAAACAAAAGAUUAUAAAAGAAUGCAAAUAUCAUCAAUUCUUUAAGUUGGAUUGAAAAAUGUAUAAUAACUUAUAAUUAAAUAUAUCAAGAACGAGGAUUAGAUAAAAAAAAUAAAAUUCAUACUUCCAAAUGACGAUAUUGAAGAUAAAAUUAAAUAAAAAGAAUAAUAAGCAGUAAUAAAGAACAUUGUUGAAAAGUUAUAAUUUAUAAUUUAAGAGAGAAGGAAAAAUAAUUGUUAACGAUGA